GUUGGAGCCCUACGUCAGACAAAUUUUUGUGUGUAACAGGUUCAGCACAUGCUAAGAUUUAUGAUCGAGAUGGACUUACCCUGGGUGAGUUCAUCAAGGGAGAUAUGUAUAUACGUGACUUAAAGAACACCAAGGGUCAUAUAUCUGGCUUGACUGGUGGAGAAUGGAAUCCCAAGUCCAAGGAAACUAUCUUAACUUCUUCGGAAGAUGGGUCUUUGCGUGUAUGGGAUGUAAAUGACUUCAAAUGUCAAAAACAGGUUAUUAAGCCUAAGCUUGCUAGGCCAAUGAGGGUUCCAGUUACGGCUUGUGCAUGGGAUCAUGAAGGUAAACGUAUUGUUGGUGCUGUUGGCGAUGGUUCCAUACAGUUAUGGAGCAUGAAGUCUGUAUGGGGAAGCAGGCCAGACAUUCACGUAGAGCGAGCACAUACAGAUGAUGUCAGCGGACUUAAGUUUUCAGUUGAUGGCUUGAUUCUCUUGUCCAGAAGUAUGGAUAGUACACUUAAGGUCUGGGAUUUGCGACAAAUGAGAAAUCCCAUCAAAAUAUUUGAUAACAUUCCCAAUCAUUAUGCCCAAACAAAUGCUGCAUUUAGUCCAGACGAGCAGCUUAUCCUUACUGGAACCUCGGUUGAAAAAGAAGAUACCACUGGAGGCAUGCUUUGUUUCUAUGACAGGAGGAAACUUGAGCUUGUAUCAAGAAUUGGAAUCUCCCCUCAUCAAAGUGUGGUUCGUUGUAGUUGGCAUCCAAAAAUCAAUCAGGUGUUUGUAACUGUGGGCGACAAGAAAGAAGGCGGUACUCACAUACUUUAUGAUCCAUCUAUGAGUCAGAGAGGAGCUCUUGUAUGUGUUGCACGAGCGCCAAGGAAAAAGUCCGUGGAUGAUUUUGAUGCCCAGCCAAUUGUUCACAAUCCCCAUGCAUUACCUCUAUUUAGAGAUCAACCUAGUCGAAAACGUCAAAGAGAAAAGAUCCUAAAGGACCCUAUGAAGUCACAUAAGCCUGAACUUCCUGUAAAUGGCCCAGGCUUUGGUGGAAGAGUGGGUACUACAAAAGGCAGCUUGUUAACCCAGUACCUUAUGAAGCAAGGUGGUUUGAUUAAGGAGACGUGGAUGGAAGAAGAUCCAAGAGAGGCCAUACUUAAAUAUGCAGAUGCUGCUGAAAAAGAUCCCAAGUUCAUAGCACCUGCAUAUGCAGAGACUCAGCCAAAGCCAGUUUUUGCCGAGUCAGAUUCAGAUGAAGAACAAAAAUGACGGUAAGGGAAAGGAGCCCGUAGGGCAUUAAAGGGGGACUGUUCUUUUGGGUUUAAAUAUGUUUUUGGUGUACAAAGAAAUCUAAAGAGAGAUCUGGAUGAUAGUUGUGCAGACUUUUGGGUAUGUAAGUAAAAUUUAAAAGUUUUAGUAGAGCUCUGUGUUUACCUGGAUUAUAUUUGAUUUUACUUGAGGUACAUUACAUGUUUCAUAUUAUUAAGUGUGAAGUUGACAUGCUGAAGUA